AUGAGGAGCUUUAAAGACAAUGAGAGGAGCCUUGCCAGAUUGGGGUUUACACAAGAUGUGGAUGUUUGCAGAGUGAAGGCAAACGCAGGUGCGCUAACAAAUUUCGAAGUUCUUAACUUAAUAAACUCAAAAGGUGCAUCAAAGGACACUACAAGAGUUAUAGCUGCAAUUGCUAGAUCAGAAUACAAGGUAUGUGAUUAUUUGAAUGAGACUGUUGCUUCCACUCAGACACUAGAGAGCGUUACAACAUUCUCUGACAAGUGCAAAGAUUUCAAACUCGCCAAAGCUGAGAUUCUCAAUAUAAUCAAUAUUCGGCCAUCUGUAGAUUUCAAAGCCUUACUGGAUCCGAUCAUUGAGGAGCCCAAAGAACGGGGGAUCGAUACAGAUGGAAUACUAGAGCUUGUGCAGGAUUUGCUACCGCCUCUUCCUGUAGUGGAAACUCAAAUGGAAAAAGACCAAGAUGAAACAAACAACGGUGAAGAAUCGUAA